AUUCUCUCCAAAACCUAAUUUGUGGGGGCCUCUCAUAGUAGUAGGCAGUAGCUGGGUAUCCUCUCUCACUGUCUAAUCAGAUGCAGACCAAAUUGUCUUUGGAGUGUUAAAAUUGUACAUCUAAGAAGAAAAUAGCUAUGGAGGGGAGUCGUAAGGCUGCUAUGGAGGGGAUUCGCCGGGCUGCUAGAGCUUAUUAUGAUCAUCUGCCCGAUGGGGAAAGGAAAAACGCCACAAAAGAUUUCAAUGACAUGGAUAAGAACAGAGACGGGAAAAUUAGCCUACUUGAAUACGUUGACUAUCUCAAGAAAAAAAAAGCCACGAGUUUCGUUCAACAGAGCAUCUUCAGGGCGCUGGACAAGGACGACAAUGGAACCUUGGAUUUUGAGGAAGCAAUCGUCUUGUUCUACCUCAUGAAGAGUGGAAGAGCUAUAAUCUGCAAGGGUUGUGAGAAGUUCUUGGCAGGAGCAUAUUUCAGUUGCUCUCAAUGUUUCUUCAAUGUUUCAGUGAGCACCUAUGAAAUUUGUUGUGCUUGUUAUCGUGGUAACAAUUUCACACACCACGGUGAUGCCAUCUUCUGCGAUAACUAUACUUUACUACGUCAAAGCAGGAGCGCGAUACAAGCGGCGCCCCGCCUCACAAGGAAGCGAGACAAGGCGGCUCAAAUCCUUAAUUGUAGCAUUAUGUGAAAGAAACCAAUGAUGCAUUUUAUCACCAGUCAAAUGCUUCAAUCGUACUGUAAUUGCUGAUGAGGUAAGAACAAAUGACUGGAAACUCUUCAAGUGAAGCUCACAUGCAUCCAGUACGUAGAGAAUAAGCUCAAGUAACUUUUAUGGAGUUGUAUUUUUGUGUUGCAAUUGUAUUCUCAUGCAUUCGAUCUCCAUAUUCUCAUGUGUACUUUUGGAGGGCAUUGAGAAGUUGUUAGUUUAAUCUUAAGCUGCUAUUAUGUAAAAUCAUGUUGUUAAUGAAGCUUAUCUAGCGAAAUCAUUCAGCACCA